UGCUUCGUGGUGCGUACUGUGCCGGAACAUCAUCACACAACACAUGAGACAUGAAAACAAAGCAUGUACUUGAGGCAUUGAACUAUUCCAAACAUUGGUUUGGGUGUAUACAAAAGUCCACCAUUAUCAUACUUUCCAGCUGAUGCUGUGUGCCGUUGACGUCAUCGCUUCCAAUUGAUGCUGCGGUCCUUGACUUUCUGCUGUACCAACACGUCUGUUCAGAUUUAGAACACAACAUUAGGUCAUAGUCAGGGAUCCAUUUACAUUUCUUUUAAGCGAACUCUGUUUAACCGAGCCAAAGUUUCUUUCACCACCCCCCCCAAAUGUUUUUGUUUUUUUUCUCUUAAAGCUUAGUGUAAUUAUAUAAAGUCAAGCACUCGUCAGCUUUCAUUGCUUACAAGCUUACAGGCGUAUACGAUUACCAGCCUGCACGAUUACCAGCUUGCACAAUUACCAGCUUGCACGAUUACUAGCGUACAGAUUACCAUCGUACACGAUUACCAGCUUAUACGAUUACCAGCUUACACCAUUACCAGCUUAUACCAUUACCAGCUUAUAUGAUUACCAGCUUACACGAUUACCAGCUUACAGAUGAUCAGGUUACAAGCUUGUUAACAUCAGAUAAUCUGCCAGCGAACAUUUAUAAAAAAUGAAUAAAAAAUCUUCAAUGCUCGCUGUGGCGCAGCACAGGUCGGCCAUAGAUCUGAAGCACGAGUCGUCUACCUCGCUGAAGAUACGCCUCGCCUCUGUGUCAGUGAUCAACAGGACCAGCGAUUUCCCGCCAAUAUUCUUCAAUGUCCUCCCGGACAAGCCAAGAAGGAAGGAGUCCUUUUACGGCAUCAGUCCAGCUACACCGUGGGACAACGCCCAGGUCACGUGAUUAUUUAGUGAAGGGGCCGGAUUGGGAAAGGGGGCAGGAUGGGGUUAGGGCUCCCCCCCCCCCUGGUGGAUAGAUUUAUGAAUAUUUAUAACAUUCAUUUAAACGUUGAUCUUCAGCAGCAAAUAAAAUGAAGACUUUUCUUAAUGAGGCUGAUACUUAAGACCUUGAUAUACUUUCUGAUGUAGAAACAUUGUGUGUCCAUACAGAAUGGAUACAACAAAUACUUCACGUGAAUGGACCCCAGUGAAUGUAAUACGGUUGGCGCUUAUAUCAAAUGUAUAGCCAUAAAAAUUUCUCAGAGAAAUGUUUGAUCAAAUGUCUCUAACUAUAAAUUAUGACGUAUUUCAUAAUAGUCUUUGAUCCGCACAUUGGGAAAAUAAUUUUGAGGGCAAUUAGUCGUGAGAUUCUUUUAUCCGGAGUCGGAGUCAUAAAUUAAUUUUUUAAACUCGUACUUUGUGAUGAGUGACUGCCUACUUUAUGGUGAAUGACUGCCUACUUUAUGGUGAAUGACUGCCUACUUUAUGGUGAAUGACUGCCUACUUUAUGGUGAAUGACUGUCUACUUUGUGGUGAGUGACUGCCUACUUUAUGGUGAAUGACUGCCUACUUUAUGGUGAAUGACUGUCUACUUUGUGGUGAGUGACUGCCUACUUUAUGGUGAAUGACUGCCUACUUUAUGGUGAAUGACUGUCUACUUUAUGGUGAAUGACUGCCUCUCUCUAUGUGCAUGGAUUAUUUCAAUAAGCUAUUCUAGGACUUAACCUGGUGCAGUGUUUUUACACCGGGUCCAGGGUAUUUUGAAGAAAUACCCGGUGGGUCAAAGGGUUACAAAAAAUAGUUCAUAACACAUAUGUCAGCAUGUAAACACUAGAUGUAAAGACAGUCUUACACCAUAUCAGUGGCUAUUGAUUGAUUCAUGUAAUAGUCGCCUCCUCCUAAACAAACCUAUUUCACCUGAGUUCGGCCGUCACGCAUGACGCUCUCGCUGGUGACAACUUUUUUGUUCUCUUCACUUUUUGCUCAGUACUAUUAAAAUAAAACAUGUCGAGUGGGAGGGGGGGGGCGGUUGUGAAAAGGAAGCAGGACACACUGGAAGUAAAAUGUAUUUAUAAAUUUGUCCAAUGAAACCGCUAACUUCCUGUAUCAGGUGACAGGUUGGGCCAUGAGGCAAUGUUUGCCACAGACGGCAGGGCUCCUGGCUCAGAUGGGAAUAGACGGCCGGAAACUGAUCAGGACGGACGCUGUAACUUUACAGGUGAGACCUUUGACCUGGCGUCCAAUAGACCUUUGACCUUUGACCUGGCGCCCAAUCAACUCUUUGGUGCGAUUGAAUAGGGAAACUUUAACAUUUAAAAAAAUUAACUCAUUGUUAUUUUCGUUGAUGGCUAAUUGAUAUUGCCAGGAUGGUCAAAGUUUCUGACUUUUUCAAAAUGACAUUAAAUAUCACUCAUCUCCAUGUAUGAAAUCAGUUAAUAAUCAGUUUGAUCAAAUUACUCAAUGUCAUCGUAUUAGUCAGUGUGAUCAUAUUAGUCAGUGUGAUCAUAUUAGUCAGUGUGAUCACAUUAGUCAUUGUGAUCAUAUUAGUCAGUGUCAACAUAUUGGUCAGUGUGAUCAUAUUACACAGUGUGAUCAUAUUGGUCAGUGUUAUCAUAUAAAUGAGUGUGAUCAUAUUGGUCAUUGUGAUUAUAUUGGUCAGUGUGAUCAUAUUACUCAGUGUGAUCAUAUUGGUCAGUGUGAUCAUGUUGGUCAGUGUGAUCAUAUAUGUCAGUGUGAUCAUAUUGUUCAGUGGGAUCAUAUUACUUAGUGUAAUCAUAACUAAUCAGUGUCAUCAUAUUGGUCAGUGUUAUCAUAUUAAUCAGUGUGAUCAUAUUGGUCAGUGUAAUCAUAUAAGUCAGUGUGAUCAUAUUGGUCAGUGUAAUCAUAUUACUCAGUGUAAUCAUAUUGGUCAUUGUGAUCAUAUUGGUCAGUGUGAUCAUAUUGGUCAGUGGGAUCAUAUUGGUCAGUGUGAUCAUAUAAGUCAGUGUGAUCAUAUUGGUCAGUGUGAUCAUAUUAAUCAGUGUGAUCAUAUUGGUCAGUGUGAUCAUAUUGGUCAGUGUGAUCAUAUUGUUCAGUGGGAUCAUAUUGGUAAGUGUGAUCAUAUUGGUCAGUGUGAUCAUAUUGGUCAGUGUGAUUAUAUUGGUCAGUGUGAUCAUAUUGGUCAUUGUGAUCAUAUUAGUCAGUGUAAUCAUAUUGGUCAGUGUAAUCAUAUUAAUCAGUGUGAUCAUAUUGGUCAGUGUAAUCAUAUUAAUCAGUGUAAUCAUAUUGGUCAGUGUAAUCAUAUUGGUCAGUGUGAUCAUAUUGGUCAGUGUGAUCAUAUUGGUCAGUGAAAUCAUAUUAGUUAGUGUAAUCAUAUUAGUCAGUGUGAUCAUAUUAAUCAGUGUGAUCAUAUUAAUCAGUGUGAUCAUAUUGGUCAGUGUAAUCAUAUUAAUGAGUGUGAUCAUAUUGGUCAGUGUAAUCAUAUUACUCAGUGAUAUUAUAUUGGUCAGUGUGAUUAUGUUGGUCAGUGUGAUCACAUUGGUCAGUGUGAUUAUGUUGGUCAGUGUGAUCACAUUGGUCAGUGUGAUCAUAUUAAUCAGUGUGAUCAUAUUGGUCAGUGUAAUCAUAUUAAUGAGUGUGAUCAUAUUGGUCAGUGUAAUCAUAUUACUCAGUGAUAUUAUAUUGGUCAGUGUGAUUAUGUUGGUCAGUGUGAUCACAUUGGUCAGUGUGAUUAUGUUGGUCAGUGUGAUCACAUUGGUCAGUGUGUUAAUAUUAAUGUAACACAUAAAAGCUUCAGACAGCUCAUGUUGUAUAGAACUUUGGUCUGCGUGAUCAUAUUGUCCUAUUGACAACUCAUGUUGUAUAGAACUUUGGUCUGCGUGAUCAUAUUGUCCUAUUGACAACUCAUGUUGUAUAGAACUUUGGUCUGCGUGAUCAUACUGUCCUAUUGACAACUCAUGUUGUAUAGAACUUUGGUCUGCGUGAUGAUACUGUCCUAUUGACAGCUCAUGUUGUAUAGAACUUUUGUCUGCGUGAUCAUAUUGUCCAAUUGACAACUCAUGUUGUAUAGAACUUUGGUCUGCGUGAUCAUAUUGUCCUUUGACAACUCAUGUUGUAUAGAACUUUGGUCUGCGUGAUCAUAUUGUCCUAUUGACAACUCAUGUUGUAUAGAACUUUGGUCUGCGUGAUGGUGUACAAGCAUUGGAGGCUGAAGCCAAAAUUCGUCAACUGGCCAACUGUAUGGACACAACACUGGUCACGUCAAGAAGUCUACCUGUCUGUCUGUACAACUCUAUCCGCAAAGGUAAGAUUUUGAACCUGUAAGUAUGUCAAAUCUAUCAUAAUAAAACAUGGGUGCACUUGGUUUGGAAGAUGGGUCCACAACAAGGAAUGUUUAAAAGUGUUCCUCAAAGCGAGGAACAUCGACCUGAAUUCAUGUGAAACACUUACUAUAGACCACACUAGCUGGACAGGAACACUCACAGUUGGAGCAAAAUCUGGCCAGGAACACGUGCUAUAGAUCGCACAAUCAGGUCGGGAACACUUUCUAUAGAUCACACAACCUGGCCAGGAACACUUACUGAUGGAGUACAAUCUGAACAGGAACACUCACUUUUGGAGUACAAUCUGGCCAGGAACACUCAAUGUUUGAGCACAAUCUGGCCAGGAACACUCACUUUUGGAAUACAAUCUGGCCAGGAACACUCACUUUUAGAGUACAAUCUUUCCAGGAACACUCAAUGUUUGAACACAAUCUGGCCAGGAACACUCAAUGUUUGAACACAAUCUGGCCAGGAACACUCAAUGUUUGAGCAUAAUCUGGCCAGGAAUACUCUUUGUUGAGUACAAUCUGGGCAGGAGCACUGACUUUUGAAGUACAAUCUGGCCAGGAACACUCACUGUUGGAGCACAAUCUGGCCAGGAAUCUUCUCAUGCGAAGGACGAAUGUCAUCCAUAUUUUGUUACAAAAUGUCUGGGUGGGCGUUUAUGAUAGAGACCAUGCUAAUGGCACUAAUCAUAUCACUUCUUUCAAUUGACUUUCAAGUAUGAGUACGAUGUAAUCGAUAGAUGCACAUUUUAUGAAGAGUUCCAAGUUCACGUAGACUGUGGCGACACCUGCUGGACGGCUUUCAUGUUUACAGCCGUCUGUGAGUUAAACAAUGAAAGGAAACGUUUCAAAGACGUGCAUUAAGUUAGUCACUGAAAAGUUUGACUAAAUUGUUUGUGAAUGGUUUGACUAAAUUGUUUGUGAAUGGUUUGACUAAAUUGUUCGUGAAUGGUUUGACUAAAUUGUUUGUGAAUGGUUUGACUAAAUUGUUCGUGAAUGGUUUGACUAAAUUGUUCGUGAAUGGUUUGACUAAAUUGUUCGUGAAUGGUUUGACUAAAUUGUUCGUGAAUGGUUUGACUAAAUUGUUCGUGAAUGGUUUUACUAAAUUGUUCGUGAAUGGUUUGACUAAAUUUUUCGUGAAUGGUUUGACUAAAUUAUUAGUGAAUGGUUUGACUAAAUUGUUUGUCCUGUCUGGAUCGCCACAACCGGUUGUUAAGUGUUGAUUAUAUAACUGACUCGGUUGCUAAAUUUAAGCAAUUUUACUGAAACUGUUAAAAUUACAAAAAAUAAUAUAUUAUAUAUAUAUAUAUUAUUUUAAAAGAAACUGUUAAAAUGUUUUUUCUCCAUUGGCAAGAACCGACCAGGUAGUAUGUUGUUUGUCAGAAAAUCGCUGAUGUAAUGUAAUGGGAUCAAACUAUUUUUUUAAAUUUAAUUUUGUAUGUUCAAGAUUUGGGCGCAGAGACUUUCUUUACUAGGACCAGAUGUGCAAUAGCUGUUUACAUUUUUCAAGGUAACAGCAGGUAGUGGUGGUGUCAGGUAGCACAAGGUAUUUGUAGACGCAGUGGUGGUGUCAGGCAACACAAGGUAUUUGUAGACGCAGUGGUGUGUCAGGUAACACCAGGUAUUUGUAGACGAAGUGGUGGUGUCGAAUGUUCUGGCUGGAGUCAGGAGGUUUGUCACCGAGCCCUCCACACUGAAUCAAUCACGUGAUCUCCACUAGCCACUUUGAACUGAUUUAUUAACACUGUUAUUGCCUUUUUGUUGUCGAAUUGUCUUUUCGACCCACCUCGCGCCCAACAUUAACAUUUCGUCCAUUUCAACUCAGGUGACAUCGAGCCCUGCCCUUGUUACAGCCCACUGUCCUUGCUCUCAACUGACCCCUGGAUGGACAACAGCCUCAGAUUGUUAGAGAUACGAAGCCUGGGCACAGAGAGGUGGUUCUGGGACGGCGCCACGUCUGACAGAGCGCUCGUGUCGUGUGCUGAUGGCAGGGAAACCUACAAAAGGCAUUGGAGACCUCACCAGGAAGCAUUCUGUGACGCCGACGGUUUGGCGCGAAACGCCAUCUGAAUUGAAAUUUACUGCUUACAAAUUAGAUUUUGUUCCUUUUAAAAAAAACAAAAAAACAUGAAUUUUCCAUUUUUAUUAUAGUAACAUCAUUAAUGAUAUCAAAUGUGUAAAAAGUUUU